AUGUUGAUGAAAGCCACAUUCUUUGGUCAUUUUGUAGCCGGAGAAGAUCAGCAUGAGAUUGCUCCAAAAAUUAGACGGAUGCGAAAAUUUGGAGUAAAUGCAAUUUUGGAUUAUUCUGCGGAGGAUGAUGUCCCCGAAGGAGAGGAACAACAGACCGGAAGCCAAACUGUGGCCACACCUGACCAGAAAGGUUCUGAUGUUGUUGGCGAAGAGAAAGGGCUUAAAAAAUACAAUGGCAGUAAUACGUGCGCAACUGAAAGAAAAAAGCGAGCCAUCAGUCGAGUUUACACGUAUUACAAUGAAGCUUCUUGUGAUAAGAAUACACAGAUUUUUCUCAAUUCCAUCAAAGCUGUGGAAGGAGCCACUGAUGGUACAGGAUUUGCUGCUAUUAAAGCUACAGCUAUUUGCAAACCACAACUUUUGCUCAGAAUUUCUGAGGCGAUCGAAAGGAUCCAUGUCUUCAUAGAACGCUUGACCGGUGUCAACGAUGCCGUGAAUAACCAACAAAUUAAUAUCGACACGCUAAAAAAGAGGUUCUCGAAAGCGGCGAAAGCAGAUCCUGCAUUCCAAGCCUGGUUGGAUGAUAUGGAUUCAGAUAGUGCUGGAAUUAUCAAUUUAGUACCCUGGAAAUCUCUUCUAAAUGCUAAGAAAUGUGUACGAACGGCUUUUCGAAUCCCGAAUUUUCCGACGGGAGAUUUAGAAAAAAUUGUACCGAUUUCUGACGAUGAGAUUCAGGAAUUUAAAAAUGCUCUGGAUCGUUUCCACACAAUUUUUAAGGCAGCAGCAGCAUCCAAUGUACGCGUCAUGGUGGACGCCGAGCAGACCUACUUGCAAGUAGCCAUUUCUCGAGUGACGAUAGAAAUGAUGAAGAUUUACAAUGUGGAAAAGCCCAUGGUGUACAAUACGUAUCAGUGCUACCUGAAAAGAGCGUUUCAUGACUUGGUCACGGAUUUGAACCAGGCUGAACGUCAAAAAUUUUACUUUGGGGCCAAACUCGUGCGUGGAGCGUAUAUGGAACAGGAACGACAACGAGCGAACAGUAUGGGUUACGACGAUCCGAUAAACUCAACUUAUGCCAGCACGACCGAAAUGUACGAGAAGUGUAUGGACGAAUGUCUCUGGAGGAUAAAAUCUAGCAAAGAGUCGGUCUCUCCAGGAAGGAUUAAGGUCAUGGCAGCCACCCAUAAUGAGGACACGGUUCGAUUCGUACUUCGAAGAAUGAAAGAGUAUGACAUUGCUCGAGAUGAGCAUUCCGUCUGCUUUGGCCAAUUGUAUGGAAUGUGUGACCAAAUAUCUUUUCCUUUGGGUCAAUCGAGAUAUUCCGUUUACAAAUAUGUCCCAUAUGGCCCCAUUCUGAAAGUCUUGCCCUACUUGUCGCGAAGAGCGUUGGAAAAUCGUGGCGUUUUAGGAGGCAAAACGGAUAAGGAGAGGAAACUGUUACGAGAUGAACUGUGGCGCCGCAUUAUGAAGAGGAAAUGGUCAUACAAUCCAGACUGA